AAGCUGCUGCUGCUCAGCCGUGGCGCACACACAAACAUUCAGCCCAAAAUUUCGCUCCACGGAUUUCCGUUUUCCCUCCACGGCCGCGCCCCUCUUUCCCUCCUCCAUUUUUGAGAUCAAACCCUCGGACAGCGCCCCUUUUUCUUCUCUCCCCACCCCCUCUCACCCCCAACCCACCCCACUCCACUCCACCCGCGCACAACAGAUCGCACGCCUCGGUUCCCUCCACUCGACGCUUCUCCCGCUCCUAACCCCUAGUACCUUCGCUCGCUCUGCCGCCCCCGCCGACGACGCGCCAGAUCCGCGCAGCAGUGGUGUCCUCCGCGGCGGAUCGAGCUCCCGAUCCGCGCAGUGGGAGUGGCGGCGAGCGCAGGAGCGCUCGGCCGGGGGUUCCGCGAGGCUGGAGACGGAGGAGGAAGGGAGCGGUAGUUCCGCGGUGGUAGAUCCGCCGGUCCUGUCGCCGGAGAUGGACUCAUCCGUCGAGAAGCAGGGGAGCGUGGCGCUGGAUCCGGACGAGCGCGCGCCGGCGUCCGGCGAAACCAAGGCCUGCACCGAGUGCCACACCACCAAGACCCCGCUCUGGCGCGGGGGGCCCUGCGGACCCAUGUCGCUGUGCAACGCGUGCGGGAUCCGGUACCGGAAGAAGAGACGGGAGGCCAUGGGCCUCGAGUCCAGCAGCAAGGCCGCCACCGCCGGCGGCAGCGAGCACCAGCAGCAGCAGCGGAAGAAGAAGGCCACCGCGGCGGCGGCCGCCGCCUCCUCCAAGCGGGAGCGGGAGCGUGAGCGGGAGCGGAACAAGGAGGCGGACGAGGUCACCGUGGAGCUCCGCGCGGUGGGGUUCGGCAAGGAGGUGGUGCUGAAGCAGCGGCGGCGGAUGCGGCGGAGGCGCCGCCUGGGCGAGGAGGAGCGCGCGGCCAUCCUGCUCAUGGCGCUCUCCUCCGGCGUCGUGUACGCCUGACUUGGCUAGCAACCGCGCCGGCCCCCGAGACGCCGCGCCCAAAGGCGGCGAAAGGAGAGGAGGGCCCGAUUCGCUGGACGUGCGGCAUGAUCUGAGCCCCAGACAGAUCCGUCCGUCUGGAUCUAUGCUAAGUUUUCCCGGCUAAGUAGUAGCUCGUCGGUUCGAACAAGGCGAGUUAAUAAUCCGUGUCCGCGCUAGGCUAGCAGCUCUGUUCCUCUCUCCCCCUCCCGUUGCUUGCUGUGUUCUUGCCACCGCCUCCUCUAGUUGUAAUCCUGCCGCUAGUAGUGUGCUAGUAGUAGCUGUCCUGCUGUAACCUUCUCUUGCAAUGUAAGGAGAGAUUAUAUGGUUGGUCAUUCUUGCAAUCCUAA